UCACCAAUCCGACGUCUCUUGCAAGCUUCGUAGCUACUAGUAUAAAUAUUACUAUUAUACUUCAGGAACUUCACCCCUAAAUAUUCUGCAAAGUGAAAUUUUCAGCUUAUUUUUGUGUUUGAAGGAGAUUUGAAAAAAAAACAAAAAAAAAAAAAGGCUCUAAAGAAAACUAGCCAUGGCAGCAAGUGAUGUAAAGCUUCUUGGUGCACGUCCGAGCCCAUUCGUGAACCGGGUUCAGUUUGCCCUCAACCUCAAGUCAAUAGACCAUGAAUUCAUCCCACAAAACUUGGCAGAGAAAAGCGAGCUCCUUCUUAAAUCUAAUCCUGUUCACAAGAAGGUCCCAGUACUCAUCCAUGGUGAUCAGCCCAUCUCCGAGUCACUUGUGAUUGUGCAGUACAUUGAUGAGGUCUGGUCUGGUCCUCCCUCUCUCCUUCCUUCUGAUCCCUAUGACCGCGCCACAGCUCGCUUUUGGGCCGCUUACAUUGAUGAAAAGUGGUUUCCAUUGGUGCGGGAUCUUAGAAAUGCAACGGACGAGCAGUCAAAAGCAGCUGCAGUGGAGAAAUUAUUUGAAGGCUUAAAAUUGUUGGAGGAUGCAUUUGUGAAUUCAAGCAACGGGAAGGGCUUCUUCGGUGGAGAAAAAUUAGGUUAUCUUGAUAUUGUUCUGGGUUGCUACCUGGGAUGGGUAAGGGCUGGAGAAAUAUUUACAGGUUUGAAAAUACUGGACGAAACCAAGACACCAGCCCUGGUGGGAUGGGCUGAGAGGUUUGCUUCUCAUAAAGCUGUGGAUGGUGUUAUACCCGAGCCUGAGGAACUCGUUAACCUUAUCAAAAUGUUCCAAGCUAGGGCCGCCGCUGCUGCUGCUGAUGCUUCGACAAAGUGAAAAAGGCCCAUCUUUUAAUGAGCCCAUGAAUAAGGCCCAAGUGGUCAUCAUUUUUUCUUUUUCUUCCCUUGUUUUUGUUGUUGUUUGGAUUGUGCGAGAAUAAUUGUAAGGGGGAAGCUUCCUUUCCCAAAUGCAAGUUGUAAUGGGCGAGCUUCCUUUCAUAAAUGGAAGUUCUCUCCUUUUUUUAAAAAAAAUAUUAUUUCUUCUGAUUCCAAUUUUGUGGGAUGACCUAUGAAAAAGUUUUUUUCCUUUGGUUACA